AUGAACAGAGGAACGGAUAUGUUUGUACCGCUGAUGAUUUGUGUAAUUGCUGUGAAGAUUUCUUCCUUGUCACAACCAUGCCAAGAGUCACUGAGAACAGUUGUGUUCGUUAAAUCUUGCCCAGGAAGUCAAGAAGAAUGGAAAUAUCGGGCAGCAAGAAAAAGUUGUUCAAAUAUGCCACAGUCCUGUGUGAAAUCAGAGGAAUUUUUAUACCACUGUCUGAUUAAUGAAUUCAUUAAUGAUACAUUGGAGGUAUGUGCACCGGAAGCUAUCAUAUUAGGUCAAAACUGUGCAGAAUUCAACAUGCAUGGAGCAGUUAUUCAGGAUAAUCCUUAUGCUAAAUGUAACGACUCAGUUCAACCUUGUCCAUUUAGGUACAGCUCAACAGAGUCCUAUAAAUAUAAAAAAUGUUACGAUUACAUCAAAAGAGAGGUCAACACAACAAGAGACCAAAACAACUGCGGAAAAUCACCAGAUGACGACACACAAGGAGUAAAAUUUAGUGAAAUUUCAAAGAAAGAUAACGACGCGAAUGACGAGGAGGUCGGACCAAAAACCCCACUUGUCAAAGAUGAACAUACAAAUGAAGAGGGUAAAGAAGGCCCAUCAUCCUCAAAACCUUCUCAACGUCCAACGAGAACUAAAUGGGUAUCAUCGAUUUACAUUGGUGACAAAUAUUGUGGACUGGCCUACUUAAACCCUAAUUCUCCGGAAGAUGUUAUACCCGUUGGAAAUGUCGAAAGAAUCGGUGUUCUCAUGAAUGAAAAGGGGAAAGUAGAGGAAUUUGGAGACAACGCUCGCGAAAAGUAUAUUGAAAAUUGUGAAGGAAGCGACAAAAGUGUGUUUUUAGAUGAACUGGAAAUUGAUAAAAAAGUGACAGAGACUGGAAAGAAAAAAAUGGAAACAACAAAAAUUUAUCAGGAAAUGAUCCGUUAUUUGCGUCGGAGGAUUUACAAAGAAAUUUCAACAUCGAAAGAUAAAAAAGAGGAAGAUGAGAUACUUCAUGUUAUCACAGUUCCUUAUCAUUGGCAUGACAAAAUCGAGAAUCUAAGAAAAGUAUUCGAGGAGACUUUGAGUGGUCAUGACAAAAAGGAAAAUCUACAUAUACAGCUGAGAGAAUUAGCCAUUUCUCCAUACAUUCAUGAGGUUAAAGCUUCAGUAUUGUGUUUAAACUUCAAUGUUGACAACUUGACAUUCAAACAACAUACAACAUACGCCAAUCUACAUGUUGGAUCAAAGUACUGCAACCUGAUGUUCCUAAAGGUCGAGGAUUUCAGUAAACCAGAUGAGAUUUUGGGGGAAACAGUCCAAGAAAAAUGGGAUACCACACCUGAAAAUCGAUUUAUGGAUAAAGUUGCGGAAGUAUUUUCAGCUCAAACUGUAAAGGUAUGGAAAGAACAACAUCAUAGUGAGUACGUGUCGUUAAUGUGUCAGUUCGAAGAGCAGAAGAAAAAAAUGUGCGAAAUCAUGGAUGAAAAUAAAACAUUUGAGUUCAGUCUAUCCGUAAAACUCAAGGAACUACAUGAUUUGAGUUUAAAAGACAUCGAAAAAAGUGCUAAAAGAAUACGAGGCCUUGAACUAAAAAAAUGA